AGCAUCUCCACCCAACCAGCAGAAAACCGGUUGCUGUGGUCCUACCAAAAUAUGGAACUUGAUUUUGGACAUUUUGACGAAAGAGACAAAGCAUCUAGAAAUAUGAGAGGGUCACGCAUGAAUGGGCUACCAAGUCCCACUCAUAGUGCCCACUGUAGCUUCUACAGAACCAGAACCUUGCAGGCACUAAGUAAUGAGAAGAAGGCCAAGAAGGUACGUUUCUACCGCAAUGGGGACCGUUACUUCAAAGGGAUUGUGUACGCUGUUUCUUCUGACCGUUUCCGUAGUUUUGACGCGUUGCUGGCUGACCUGACCCGAUCCUUGUCCGACAACAUCAAUCUGCCUCAGGGAGUCCGCUAUAUCUAUACCAUUGAUGGAUCCAGGAAGAUCGGAAGCAUGGACGAACUGGAAGAAGGGGAAAGUUAUGUCUGUUCCUCAGACAACUUCUUUAAAAAGGUUGAGUACACCAAGAAUGUUAAUCCUAACUGGUCAGUCAACGUAAAGACAUCUGCUAACAUGAAGGCUCCUCAGUCCUUGGCUAGCAGCAACAGCGCUCAAGCCAGAGAGAACAAGGACUUCGUGAGACCCAAACUUGUGACCAUCAUCCGCAGUGGGGUGAAGCCUCGGAAGGCAGUGCGUGUGCUUCUCAACAAGAAAACAGCCCACUCUUUUGAGCAGGUCCUCACUGAUAUCACAGAAGCCAUCAAGCUGGAAACUGGAGUUGUCAAAAAACUCUAUACCAUUGAAGGAAAACAGGUCACCUGUCUACAUGAUUUCUUUGGUGAUGAUGAUGUAUUCAUUGCUUGUGGUCCUGAAAAGUUCCGCUAUGCUCAAGAUGAUUUUUCUUUGGAUGAGAAUGAAUGCAGGGUUAUGAAAGGUAAUCCAUCUGCCACAGCUGGCCCAAAAGCUUCCCCAACACCUCAAAAGGCAUCUGCUAAGAGCCCAGGCCCAAUGCGUCGCAGCAAGUCUCCUGCUGAUUCAGGUAACGACCAAGACGCAAAUGGAACUUCCAGUAGUCAACUUUCUACACCCAAGUCGAAGCAGUCUCCUAUCUCUACACCCACGAGCCCUGGAAGUCUGCGGAAGCACAAGGACUUGUAUCUGCCGUUGUCACUGGAUGACUCUGACUCACUUGGCGAUUCCAUGUGAAAGCUUAGAGGUUAAGUCAAAGCCUAUCAACAUGGCAGAAUGCUUUCGCUCAAGUGACCAACAAGGCUAUUGGUGCUUAAACAUUGUUUUGUUGUUUUUAUUUUUCAAAACACUCUGUAGUAUGUAGGGUUUAUUUUUAUGUGACUUCUCCUCUGGGCCACUAAUUCACAAUUACCAGUUAUGAGAGACAGAUUGAUAACCAUCCUUUUGAGUGAUUUUCCAGAACUGCAAAAUGUGCUAGUCCAUGACCUUUCUACUGAAUGCUUAGGGGCCUUUGUAUUUC